AUUUUCUCAGUGGGGUGGGUGGCUGGCGAUACCAUCAGAGCAUGAGGCUCCAAUGUCGUUGGGACCUUGAGAGCUACUGUGAUUUUCUAGAGAAGGAUGGCGCUCUGGAAGGCUUGAUGCGUCUUCUGGAGUUGCGAAAAGCGUACAUUGGAGAGAAGUCGACCAACCUGCAAUACGACUACCAAAUUCUGAUAUUAAUGCUCGAAAUCUACAUCGCAGUGGGGAAGACCAAACCUCCUCUCGGCUUCUCAUCCGUCGAUUCCAUGAAGACGAAAAUAGAGGAAAUCAAGAGCGCCUUGGUAAUUGAUGAGUCGGAGUCUUGUGAUAAGGAUGAGUCUUCCGAGGAAGGGUGUGUAAUCUCGUAAUUGGAAGAUUUGCGGAACCAUUUCAUUGCUUAUUCAUGUUCAUCGAUGUGUCGUAGUCGUUGUCAAAAAUGCAGGCCUACUUCAUUGUUUGCACUCGUUUUUUUUUUUUGGUUUGACGGGCCUUAGGCGUUCUAUGAGUGUGACGCUUCCGACAAAUAAAAUCAUAACAAAUGAAAAAUGAUAAGGAAAAAUGAUAAUAGAAAGUGAUAUUAUGAUGAUUAAUAUUAAAUGACCGAGUUUAACAUACGAUAGUCAUUAUCUUCUUAGAUUGUUCGUUUUCUCGUGGUGAUUGAAAUCGUAAGAACUUAGGCUGCCGAAAAAGAUAUUGCGAUGCUUCAUGCUACAGGAAAGACCGCCCACAGGUGAACAGUAAUCGUUUCCUUAUAUUGUUUCCUGUUCUAUAUAUUAUAAAUACCUUAACUCUUCUAUUUAAGCUUCUUAUGUAAAUGCAAAAUACCCACAGAGGUAGGAACUAUGAUUCAUAAUCCUCACCCCUACAAAAACCAAAAACAGCUAUGCAGGAGGCAGGCAUUGUUGACAUCAGAAGCAUUAGUGCGCUUCAUAAAUUCUUUCGUAAAUUUAUAGACUCUUCUAUCUAUUUUUAUUCUUCUAUCUUUUAAAAAGGAAAAUCAAAGGUGGUGUUCAAAAAAGGGGAAUGAGAAAAGACACUUGAGAGUUUUUGAGAUUUUGAGGGAGUCCCAGAAUAGAGGACGAAGUAAACAAAAAGAGGC